AGGGAUGCUCUUAACUUCAAAUUCGUGAUGUAAAUGUUAUUGACACCAGUGAUAAAAUAAACAUUAAACAAAAGUUUUCCGCAAUCUUCUCGCAACAGCUGGGUAAGUAGUGUUGUUUCCGCAGCUUCGGUAGCUUCCUUCCGGUAGUAAGCCCACAAAAAGUGAAUCGAACUGCAUCACAAUGAACAACCCGGAAUCCGCUGCCGUUAACUCGCGCCGUACUGGCCAGUCCUGUCCGACACAUGCCACCAAACGGGGUGACCUGUACUGUCUGACGUGCGAGGUUGUCGUUUGCGCCGAAUGCCUCAUUGGAUCCCGUGAGCAUAGCCGCCAUUCCGUCGACACCGUGCGGGACACCUACGCCGGACGAUUUCAGGAAACCCGCGCCAAACUGGAUUCGCUCAACUCGCACAUCAAGUCCCUCCGUCGCGAAGCGGAAAAAUGUCUGGUGGUGUUGGAAACCGUUCGGCGGAACGAAGCGUCCAUGCUGGACCGGUUGGACCGUCUGAUGGCAGAGGCCAAGGCUCAAGUUGUGGGCGCAUCCAAGAAGUACGCCGAGCAGUUGGAGCCGCUACUUUUGACCACUCGUCUCAAAAGCCACAACCGGGAUCGAAUUGUGAACAAAAUCGACGGCCUUAGCGAAGGACAAUUUCUGGCACAGCAAGCGGAAAUCAACAGGCAAUGCGAUGGCCUUAUGAGCAAUUCGAUGUACAGCAUUCCGGAACAAGGAGACGGAAGCGACGGUAUUGAAUGCUCACUGCUACCUAAGAUCGAAACGCUUCACCACGAUUUGGCCUUGGACGGCCGACGUUUUAUUCCACUGUCCUACAUCGACCGUUAUGCCGUCAAGUGGAAUUUACAUCUCGAACGGACGGACAAGCUCCUGCUGCAUCUGGACACGAAAGAAAUGAUAGACUUGCGGGGCAAUUUUCUGUUUGUGCUGGAAAUUCUAGACAGACUACCAUUGAAGAAAACGCGGAUCGUCGUGUCCAUCGAGCUGCCGGCGGACGUGUCGCACCAGAUCACCAGAGUACUGAGCAACGAUUUUUCCCAGUUGCAAAACGAGAAAUUUCACACCAAAGAUGGCCUGGUGCGGAUCAAGUACGGCAUCGGACCCGAGGAUCCGAUAACGGAAAGGAACUGUUACGAAUUCACUCUGCAGAAAUACCGGAACAAGCUUAGAUCCGUCAGGGAUGAGAUGAUCGAAUGGAAGAAGUACAACAUUGGUCAUUUGAUUAUGGUGGUGUGUCCUUCGAGCGGUUCCAAGCUAACAGCACUUCAGCAGUCGCCUGCCAUGAUAGAUGCGAACGGAGUUCGUUGGCAGUUGAAGGUCUCGAUUAACGGAAAGGGAACCAAGGGCUUUGUGGGCGCCUUUCUGACCAAGUGUACGCCGCAGUGCGGAGGAUGGUACGACUUCUUCAUCGAGUUGGUACACCCGCGGUCCGAGCGGCAGAACCGGGUCUUCAAGGGGUGCCACCAGUUCGAGAAACAAGAAACGGUAAAACUGCAACAGUUCAUGGCUGUGGUUUUCUUAGAUAAAUUUCAGGACAAUGGCACGUUGCACUUCCGGUUCGGGAUAAAAAUGGAGGAUUAGCACACUGAUGUAAGGUAAGAUCAAUAUGAUAUGAUAUAUUUCAUAUAAU